AUGCUUUCCACAUCCGAGUGCAUUAACUGGUUUGCUGCAUUCCUUACCGUUUCUGUUGCUAUAGUAACAGUGAAUCUUCUAUGGAUCAUUCUUUUCAUAACAAACAGUAAUCUUCGCACUCGUGGCAUGUACUUGGUUAUAAACUUGACCAUAGCUGACAUGUUGGUUGGAGGACUUUCUACUAUAUAUAUACUCUCAAUUAAUUCACGCAUGGAAUGCAAAACUGUGAUUGUAAGGUUACCUUGGGACGGGUACAUGAUAACUUGGUUUCUUUUCUAUUGGUUUCCUCUAACCUCUCUUACAAACAUAACUGUAAUUUCGUUAGAGCGGAUGCAUGCAACAUUUCGUCCAUUCAGGCAUCGCGUUAUCAAAAAAUGGGUCUACGGGGUAACAAUUUCUGUGGUCUGGGUUUUAGCUGGGAUGAUAUCAACUGCCAUUUUCAUGCUUAAAUUGUUCGACAAAGAACGGUCACACAGGCAGUUUUUAUGGCAAUCAUAUUGCUUAUUAUGCCUUUUUGUUAUCUGUGCUUGUUACGCCUCGAUUAUUGUCAAAAUUUGUUGUGGGGCGCGUCCUCAGCACCAUGGUGCAGCCCGUAGGCAAAGAAAACUGACUGUAACGUUACUCAUCAUGACUAUUGUAUCAUUACUGUUGUGGCUACCAUAUGCUAUAGGUACCUUUGUUUUCUAUACAACUGAUAGCAUUCGAUCACUUUCUUACACAAAAAGAACGCGAUUAAAUUUGCCUUUUCUGCUUUUAUUUUAUACAAACUCGUUUGUUAAUCCCGCGAUUUACACAAUAAGAAUGCCCGAGUUUAGGAAAGCUCUCCUGUUAUUGUUUACACGUCGGCAAAGACAAAAUGCAGCUGCUGCUGUGUUUCAUCUUCAUGCUCGCUAAACUACCUCUUGUAAAACUUUCGAUUGGCAGUGAUCACAGGUCACAGAAGUCGGUGAAGUCGGGAGCGGUCGGUGAAGUCGGGAGCGGUGCAGAGCCUCCCCACGUUUUGGUGCCGAAAACACUUUUACCGAUGUAUUUGACAAUACCCGUGACAUCAGCGACUUUAAGAAGCACAAUGAAGCAGGACCGCCUGAACAACUACCUACUGGUGUAUUGUCACAAAUCGAUUACGGACACGCUAGACACUGUGAAGAUUGCUUGUGCCAACGAACAACGCAAAUGGCAUUUUGAAAAAUUUGAGGAGGGGUGUGCGUAUGUCUGAGUGGAAGAUGAGCCCCCCCCCCGCCUAAUCCCCCCACGGUUCAAAACGCUCCGCCGCCUCUGGGAUUAUUUGCCCUCUUACUGAAAAAAGUAAUAUUAUGCAUAGCUUAUUAAUACUUAUUACUUACUUAUUACGUAACUUAUUAAAAUUUGGUUCAAUAUGGUAAAUAUAUAGGUAAAGGUAAAGGUAACGGCGCACUGGAGACGGGCGAGGCUUGAACCCCGGACCUCCAGAUCCGGAGUUCGAGGUGCUAGCCACCCGGCCACACACGCCUCUACAAGAAGAAGAAGAAGUAAUUACUAACGAUUUUUUCUCUCUUUGAAUACCCCAUAAUAAACUCUGUUUGCAUAAACUAAUAAUUGUUUUUAAAUGCUCCUGGGAGGACUGCAUAUUGCCAGGAGCAUUUGAAAACAAGAACUUAUGCAAAAUGUGAGGGUAGGGAGGGGGGUUGAAGAAAGGGAUUUAUGGGGUUUGCGAAAAUAGUCAAAACCUAUUUCAGUUUCGUCAAUAACUUGUCAAGCCGGUACAUGGUCAGUUAAUAGAGAUGACUCGAAAUGUGCAUCAGAACUUUAUAGUAUAAUAAUAUGAAUGUACGUUGGCAAUCAUAGUUCUAAUAAUCAUUGCACUUUGUAAUACCUGUCGUAUUGUGUAAUAAAUCCAUCGCACUAUGUAAUACUUGUCGAGGGGGGGGCUGGUGCAAUGUAAAAUAUGCCAUUGAUUUUUUUUCCAAUUGUUUUAAUACCUCUGUUUGCCCCCAAAUUUUGCAUAACUUAUUGUCUUAAAAUGCUCUUGGGAAAAUGCAAUACUCCCAGGAGCAUUUAAAAGAAUGGUUUAUGCAGAAUUUGGGGGCAAACAGAGUGUAUUAUGGGCAAUUGGAAAAUAGAGAAUGCUUGAUUUUCGCUGACCCCCAUUUUACUUUAACACGAUUUUUGAUGACCCCCCCCCCAUCCCCCCUUGUCCUCCGGCAUGCAUGAAACAAAAAGUGUGUCAACCUCGUCCCCAGGGCUUUUCCCUUAGUGAGCAUUCGGAAGUCAGCCAAGCGUGGUUAUUGCACGCGUGCUGAACAAGAAUGACAGACUAGAAACAAUAGACAACUCCCAAAGCACAAACUCAGUCAAAACGCUAAAAAUCUUCAAUGUUUACUCAAGUUUGGGCUUAUAGAAGAUAAUGUCACAGAUUUCAAUGACCAUGAAAUUCAGAAUCCGGGUAGUCAGUUAAUCAAUUGUGGUCCUGAAAAAAUUUGAAGGGAAAAAAACUACGAAUUUUUAAGAAAAUGCUUUUUUCGUGAGAAGGACUCUUAAACGCUGACAAACGUCAACAAAUAGCUAAAACUAUAAUUUCUAUAUGUUUGCUUUGCUCGAAAUCGCGCGCAUUUACAAGCCCUAAAGCUUUUUGCUGACUUGCAAGGACCCAUCUGUUAUAACGAUCCCCAAAAUAAAGGGAUAAGUCUCAUAGUUUAUUAGAUAUAAUCGUGUAAAGUUUGCUUAUCAUUUUCGCAUAAAUUAUGGAAACCGCUGAAUUUCUCGAAUUGGGUCUUUGCGAUUUUGGUGAAACUCUGUUCAGCGCAAGGCACUAAUGCGCACUAUGUGUAACCGAGAGAUUUUCACCAAAAAAUGCCGGCAACAGCAGAUUUUCGACUCAGACCUCAAAGGGGCGUGGCAUUAUAACCACGUGACAUUUACUCCGAUCGCCAAAAAUUUUAUGUUAUAUUGUAGAUUGAUCUAUAUGUUAUCCAUUCUAUGUGUUAGACUUACGAUAAAAGUAAAGGUGGGGAUACCAGAGGGCUUCAAAGUAGGAUGGUACCCCCACAAAAAAACUGGGUCGAGUCACCUUAAGCCAUGCAUAAAAAAUGGUGGCCCACCCCCCAUUUGCACCAUCCCACCUCUCCCGAUAAAUAAUGACCAGUCCCUGACGUGUCUCUGAAACCCUAGCUAAAUUUUACCUUACCAAGCAUUUGUUAACAUUUCAAACGCUCAUUCUGUCGCCUAAAAUUCGGAUAGGACAGGAGUAAUCUAAAUAUAUAGGCAUAGUCUUAUGGGCUUUAUAAACUAUAUGCUUGGUUAUAUAAUUAGUUAUCUAUUAUCCACUCCUUUCAAGUCCGCCAUACUUUAAUACUUCAAUUCACUUCUUCCGGUUUUGUUUGUUUUGUUUUUUGUUUUCCUCUCCUUUAGUUUAUUUAUUUCUGUUUCCAGUUGUUCCAUCACUUACCAGAAUUUGUUUUACUAGUUGUUAUUUAAAGUAAACGGGGUAGUGUAGUUAAUUUAGUUAGUGUGUACGUAAAUAUUUAUGGGAACUAGGGGAAAAUUAGAUAACAUUAGUUUACUUGGACUCUAGACACCAAAAACUAUAUUCUAACCAGUAAUAACUGGAUCAAUAGGAACAGUAUAAGGAACUGAAAAUGUACUAGUAAAUGUAAUAAUACGUGACAGGUGUGAAUUACGUGUUAUCAUAUUGUCGUACUUUCAAGUAAACUUAGUUUAAUAUCUGAUACAUUCUCUUGUUAUGAGAUUCGCUUUUAUGAGUCUGAUCUCCGUCAAAGAGCAAAGUAAGUAAGUAAGUACAGGGCAUAGGUAAAGAAAGUAAGUAAGUAGAAAAGUGUGACGUCACAAAAAUUUCAUUUUUUAGGAUUUGUUGAGUGAGGCUGAGUAUAAUCUGAAGAGUUAUGGAGAUCGAGAUUACUAUAAUUCUUCAGAUCAUACGACAGCCGAAUCCAAUAACUGUUUAAUUUGUUAUUGAUUCACUGAAAAUAAUUUCCAGUUUAAAAACAAGCUAAAACAUGCUUGCCUCGAUCGAUGUUAAGUUCCCUCUUCAUUUCAUUGUUUCUCUGCAAGUUCAGGAGAUAAAGGGAUGAUCAGUUCUGCAGCGGAUAUUCUCCAGAUAGUGAGCGUCGUCUGUCGAGUUGUAUUCUUGCUGUUUUUGGCAGUAGUUCGGUUAUUUGAUCUUUGCAAAACGUUUGAAAUAUUCCGCUUUUUUUGUACUGCUCUCCCAAGACAAUGACAACCUCGACCCCAAGGCUUCUAUGCAAUAAUGCUAUGAUGACUCCAUAUAAUGCUCCUAAAAAUAUCAUGGAUCUUAAAAUCUAAUAAUUUUUUAAAUUUUAGUUUUUGUGACGUCAUCACUUCUCUACUUUAGUAAGUAAGUACGUGGGAAAGUAAGAAAUGUUAUUUAACCAAGGUAGCCCAUUCAGCCACGAGGCUGGUAUUCAAAGGAUCAUGGGAAACAAAGCGGUGUAUUUUAAAAUUUCCUAUAGUAGAAGAAGAAAUGAUAAGAAAACCUGAAUGUGAAAAUAUGUUCAAGAUUACAACAACAAGCUUAUUUUGAAUGACUAUAACAAAAUAUUACUGUAGUGCAAAAGCCACCUGCAUUUAAUUGAUUCUUAAUUAUUUAAUUAACUAAUUAAAACAACUUUAAAUAAAAGAAAAGAUAAAAAUUUAAUCAUUACUUACAUAUAGUAUUUUUAGGCCAUUCAUAGGAGUAGUUAUUCCGGAGAUAGGAUUGUCUCUCAAUUCAAAGCAUGUUGAGAUGAAUGAAAUUACUUGUCAUGUAUAUUUAUAAAAUAGUCAGUUGAAUUCAUUUACAUUAAAUGUGAUAAUAAUCAGUCUCAAGUGGUAGUAGCAGUAGACAUGGAAAAAUAUACAACGAAGGUCAAUAUUUAAAAAAAUGUGUAAAGAUAGUAAGAAAUAAAUGUUAUGAAUUAAAAAUGAUUACUUAUCAUACUUUUUUUGAGUAUGUAGGGACGGGGCGCUUUUAAUACUGACAAGGGGAGAAUAGUAAUAUAGUCCCCGCCAACUUGAAAAGUUAUUUUGCCCAUGUAUUGCGUUCAGGCUUUGGUUGGCGCAGUUUUUUUGUUCUUCCAGUGGCAGGAUCGUGCAAAGCCCUUUUUCUUGUAGGGUACUAACAAACCAAGGUACCAGAUUGUAUGAUCACUUAAAAACCAAAAUGCCUUCUUGCAUUUUCGGUUCUGAGCUCUUUGCAACAUCCUGCUUCAACCCACGCAACUUCAACAUAGUCAAACAACGAGCUGCAAGGAUGAAAUAUAUAGCGUUUUGGAGGCUUCGUCGUAAAGCAUGAUCGUAUGCGAGAAAAUAGCGAUAGUGAGAUUCUAAUACAUUUAUUCAGCGUCUGAAUUCGGUGCUUGCUACGAAGAGAGCAAGAACUGAACGCAAAUAUAUUUGAAUAUUAAAUCUGUUCCUGCAAGACAACCAGCCACCUCAGUAUUUGUCUACUGCCUAUUGUCGGAAAGGUAAGAAAUGUAGCGAAAAACACCAUGAGAAGCGAAAAAUUAACGAUGAAAGUCAAUUUUCGUACUUGAUUAACAGUCUUCUGUACUUGUCAAUAAGUGAAAUAAUUCGAUGGAAGUCCGUUCCACAGGUAAACACGACUUUCUUAUCAGUUGGUUACAUAAGUGUUCAUGAAGUGUUCGUCGAGCGUAUUGAACAGCUCUGAGCGUCUUAGGGCCCGCGACUUCACUGCCACUGGUGUGACCCCACUACAGAAAGAACAGCUCCAGCACCACCGAUUUCGGAGUUCCAGUGCACAGUUGACUAUCAAAGGACUAUCAGAUUAGUGUUAGAUUAGGACAAGAGAAAACACUAACCUCCUGAACCGCAGGUUGGGGCGCAGGAACCACGUUGUCGUAAGCGUUCUGUGCGUUGUUGUCACCGGCAGCGUCGGCUGGAGGCGGAGGCGCUACAACUGGAGGGUCAACGGCCGCUGCAACAGCCCCAUCCGCAGGAACAACAGGGACUUGGUCCUGCACGGAAAACGAAGAACGAAGAGAAUCUUAGAAGAUGGCGCAGCGAUGACCGUGCAAGAGAAAAAGAACGCCAAGCUAACGACUGGCGAACGUUUAACGAAAACAGAAUUAAACAGGCCAAGACAGGCCUAUUUAUACAAAACCUGUUUGAAACAGAACACCCAGGAGACUACGAGCGCGCGGGAAUUUUUAUCCUUGAAUCUCGAAGAGAUUUGGGGCGUUUGUACGAGAUGGCCCCGGUGAGAAUAGCUCAAAGUUUCGUGCUAAGUAUCUUCUAGUCAUCAGAGACGACUUACGUCAGUGUAAACAUUAAUUUGAGUUAAGCAGGUGAGUUUUUGGCAUAUUACAUAAAGGAGGUACCACGGCGUUCAUCAGAGAGAAUUGUACCAAUUGUACUGAAUAUAAGAGAGCAGUAAAAAAAAUCGUCUUUAAAAGAAGCUGGUAGUCCCCCGUUUAAAAUUUUGUUUUAACCUUCCGUUUGUUUUUGAAACAGUCUUCUGAUCCCCUCGUUGGAGUUAUCUCACUCUAAAUCUGAUACCUCUUUAGUUUUAAUUUUCAAAAUAUUUAGCUUCUUGUAACUUUGCUGAGGUUACCCUGGAGGAAAUAAAAAAGUUUUCAAGGAAACCACUAUCUAAAUCUUGUGAACUUGAUCUUCUACCUGCGGUAGUUUUGAAAGGCUACCAUAUUACUUCCUACUAUUACGAGGAUCAUCAAUCUGUCCUCAUCGACUGGUGUUGUGCCCGAUGCUCUGAAGGUUGCUACACUAUCGCCCACAUUGAAAAAAUCUGAUGCUGACUUUGAACAGUUCUAAAACUUUCGUCCUAUCUCGAACUUAAAAGUAGUAUCGAAGCUUGUUGAAAAGGCAGUUGCCAUAAAACUCACAGAUCACGUCAUGGCGCACCACCUAGAUGAAACGUUUCAGUCUGCAUAUAAGAACUUUCACUCCACCGAGACAGCUUUAGUAAGGGUCCAGAAUGACAUUCUGUGUGCUUUUGACAACAAUGAGUUUGUUAUACUUCUUUUAUUGGAUUUGUCAGCUGCCUUCGACACGGUUGAUCACUCGAUACUGUUAUGAAGAUUGCAUGACCGCUUCGGAGUAAACGGUACUGCAGCUGCAUGGUUUGAGUCAUACCUGACGUCGCGCAUGCAGUUUGUUCGGGUCAAUGACUGUAGGUCAACACAGCGCUCUCUAAAACGCGGUGUACCCCAAGGAUCUGUUCUGGGCCCUCUUCUUUAUCUCCUCUAUACAACACCCAUUGCUGAUAUCAUAAAGUUCCACAAGUUACAGUAUCAUUUAUAUGCUGAUGAUACCCAGCUCUAUAUAUCGUUUAGAACUGACUGUAGCUAUGAUCUCUCUUUGGCUAUUCGUCGUGUCGAAUGCUGUGUAAACGACAUUGAUUGUUGGAUGGUGAACAAUGGUCUUAAACUCAACCAGGAUAAAACUGAACUUGUUCUCAUCACCUCAAAAUUUCGUUGCAGGCCUUCUCUAGAGUUUAUCCAAGUAGUUGAUGAGAAGAUCCAACCCAAACCCUUCGCCCGAAAUCUGUGGGUGAUUAUAGAUCAGUGUCUUGAUUUAACCGACCAUGUUAACAAAAUCUGCGUUUCCUGUCAGUAUCAUUUAAGGAACAUAGCUAAGAUCAGAAAGUACUUAAGUGAAGAUCCUCAGUCUCAAAUUUUAGUACAUGCGUUUAUUAGCUCUAUACUCGAUAACUGUAACUCUUUGUUAUAUGGUCUUCCUAAACACCUGUUAAACAGGUUAAGACUGAUACAAAACAGUGCUGCACGCAUUGUUACAUUAUCUAAGCGGUUUGACCAUAUCACUCCUAUCCUGUUCAAACUUCAUUGGUUGCCGCUGGGUUAUCGCAUACAUUUUAAAAUUUUACUCUUAGUUUACCUAUCCGAACUUUUACGCUACACUAAUGGUCCACGAUUACUUCGUUCUAGCUCCCAGAAUUUUCUAGCCGUGCCUAGGACUAGGUUAAAGACGUAUGGUGAUAAUGCUUUUUCCGCAGCUGCUCCUACAAUCGGCGACAAAAUGAGUUGAGACACUUCGCCCAAAACUGGGCUUUUUUACGUUUUAUUAACUUCAAAAGGAGGAAAUAUAGCUUUCUCCCCCAUCCCCUCCGUGCAAUGUUGUGCCCUUGUUCUAGCUACCUAUAGAAAACAACAAACACCCCAACUUUGAAUGGAGGGGACAGGGGAGGGGUGCGAAUUCUUUUGUUCUCCGAAAUUACCCUAUUUAAGUACAAUGUCUCAACAAUUUUGUCGCCGAUUGUCUGAAUCUCAAAAGUGGCCGUACGUCCUUUAGAAAGGUAAUUGAAUUCAUUUCUUUAUGCUGGGAUGUAAGACCCCUGGUGGCUUUUUAUUUGUUGUGUUCGACUUCAUCAUACCUAUUUUAGAACAAUUAGAAUAAGGCGAUUUCGUUAUAUUCAGUGCGUGACAUUUCGUGUCACGCUUAACCGUGCCUUGACAUCGUGCAAUGUGGCGCGUCGCGCACGAUUUCUUAUUCUCUCCUUUUAUCGAAACGCAUCCAAAAAAAAAAAAGUGAAAAGGAUAGGAAACUUAAUAGAUUUCUAGUCAUUAAAGUAGUUAUAAUGGCUAAAUUUGCUCUUUAGGAGGAAUUUCCACGAGUAACCACGAUAAGUAUAAAAUAAAACAAGACGCUGUGUGAGCGUAUAUUUGGGCGUGGUCGUACUACGGUUAUGAUACUUUGAACAUGCCUUAUUGCAGCUAAAGAACUGUCAUCAUAUCUUACCAGAGAAGACAAAUCCUUUACUCCACUUGUUUGCUGAACCACACAGCUUAUACAGUAUGUCCCAAUCCACAACAAAUAUAGUGUCAUUUCACGACAAUGUUUGAAAAUAUGCACAUCUUCAAUGCAGACAUGCUUGGAGCCAAAAUGCAACAUAGGACAUAAGUGGUUACAGCCCGGAGAGUAAGGUUUAUCUCAGCUCCACUGAUACUGACAGAUGUGUUUUCACACCCGUCACUUUGUACAGUGUAUUCCGGUUACUAACACGGGCAAAUAAAGUUCCUUAAGUCCAGUAUCCACAAGGAUUAAGAAGAGAGUCAGGAGCCCAUUGCAUAAACUGCUAUAGGGCAGCACUGUUUACAGGAACAUUGGUAACUGUUAACAUUUGAUAUACUACAAUUUUCAACAUUGCUUGAGAAAAGAUGAGGUUCAAAGGUGGCAAUAUGUACUCCUUUAAGUUCAUAUAUAUUCUCAUUCCUAUGUAGAGUCUGAAAAUAUUGUACUAAUUUAUGCAUGGAUGGUAUUCCCAAUAAUACAAAUGUCCCUUUACUAUGACUGUUAUGACACAUGUCUCUAGCAUGAGAAUCAAAUACAUUAUAUCCCCCAGCCUCAGUGCUGUAGAUACCAACACCAAUAAUUGCCACCGUUAAAAAGAAUGAAUUGUAGUUCAGUGCCAAGAGUGUUUGAAAUGCUGUAGCCUGUGAGUGGCAUAUACAGUAGUGAUGGAUGUUACAAGUAUAACUGUCACUGUAUUCAAGGUGGAAAAAUUGCUCAAACACUGUAACCAUUCCUGGCAAUUCUGUUAACAUUGACAUAGAUUGUCUUGCAAGCAAAGAAGCACACAAGAAUAUAAUUGAAUACCAACAAUCAUUAUUUGAGUCAUAUCAUCAACUGAAGCCAUCUUUGUUAUCUUACUGUAAAUUAAACCCGGGGGGGGGGGGGUACUGCCAUAUAUGGUCUAUAUAGGUAUGUGCAGCGGGGAAGGGUAUGGUUUUCAAGCAGUUUACUCUGGGAUAGGGUAUAUAAAUCAGAGCGUUUGGGUCUAGAAUAGGGUAUCAUUUUUCAGGAAACUGAUCAGUUGGUUGAAGAUUUUAUCUAAACUAGGGAAACAGCUCCUCUAGGAUAGGGGGAUUUGGGGAGUUUACUCUAGUAUAGGGUACCAAAAUUUAGCUGAACUAGCUCUGGUAUAGGUUAAGGGUUCCAGGGUCUCAGCGGAACAUCCCUACCAAGAAAUCCCUAAAGUACUCCCCCCCCUCCGGGAAAUUAAAGUGCACAGACCCAUUGCGACACAUCAUUGUCCACCAUUUUCCCCAAAUCCUGUAACAUUUCUUUGACAGUAUGGAGCAUUAAUUGUUUUUGUAGCAUCUACAUAAACUGAAGGCCAUUCUUCUCUAUAUCAGUACAAAGCUUAAAUUGGCCAAAAUUAACCCGGUGAUUCAAACUGUUUUAAGCACGAUAAAAUAGAUAAGGGACUGUGCAAUAAUUAUCAGGAAGGGGGGGUCCUAAAAUGAGCUUCACCAAAGGAAAAAUUAGAUAGGUCCCCCCCUCCAGCAGCGUCAAGAUUAGCUCUGACCCCUCCUCACGUUCUCUCAAAAUUAUGAUGUGCCCCCCCCCCCUCUCUAUCCCGUACCUUUACUCACUGUACUGCAACGCAUUCCACUGCGUCGUCAGGGAUGAAGAGCACCUCGAAACUUUGUUCCUCGUUCAUAAUCGUCAAUUUCCGAAUCGUCUGAUUGUUCAUUAUCUUCUUGGUCUUCGAAACUGCUAGAUUGCUGCUCAUCCGGGUUUUCUUUACCUUGAGCUUCCCCAUCACCUAGAACACGAGCUACGAGUGCUGGUUUCCCUCCGCUGACGGGUAAACCGUGUUCCUUUAGGUAGAGUUUCAGUUUACUUGCAGACAGCGAGUUGACUUCAACCUCGUCGGACCAAUUAAUGUCUGCAAGUUUGUUCCUUUCCGUUGCCCGUUUUUUUGCUUUCAUUGCAAGGAAUUUUUGGUGCUCUAUGAAGUGAUGACAACUAUGAAACAGAAGCAUGUGGCAUUCCUCAGCUAGAAACUGUAGACCUAGAAACCCUCACGCUGUUUAAAUCAAGAACAGACCUGGCAUGUCUGCGGGACCUCUUAAAUGCCAAAUGUUUUAUUAGCAAAGCUCACAACGUGGCUUGUGACUUCUGUGCAUGGACGAUUGUUUCAAUCUAUCAUAUGUUGACAUUCUAAAUAAGUUAAAGCAUGUGUUUAUGUUGAUGCAAUAUUUAGACAUUAUGGAUAGUCAAAGGAGUGGCAUCUGUCUAUUUGGAAAAUGUUUAUUUAUUCAUUAUCGAAUUUGUGAAAUUUAAUUAAGACCCCCCCUCAACUUACUUGAGAAAUCUGAUGUGCCCCCCUCCUUUCCAUUUUUUUAACUUAAGGCCCCCCCCCCCUCUGGUUUUAGGGCCCCCCCUCCUGAUAAUUAUUGCACAGUCCCUAAUUGCAAGUACAGAGGGGCAAAUUCUUACUUAGAAGCCUAUUUGGAUAUCUCAUUCCACCUAAAUCGCCUGUGCUCUAAUGCUUGGACGAUAGAUACACCUUCCCUCGUUUCCAGUCUAGUUUUGGAGUUGCCCUUAAGUAAAAACCUCACACUGCUACAGUUACUUCUGUACCUGUUUAAGUGUAAACCUUUUCUACUUUUAACGUAACAAUGAAUUUCAGACGACAAUGGGGUAUUUUCCGAAUACUCUUCUACACAAAAAGUGUCACUUUCCGUGUUUUCUGUAACAAAGAUUUUAAUUUGUUCAUUGGUAGUCUGCUAGGGGCAUGACGGUAACCGGUCAUUUCGUUAAUUGACAUCGUUCCAAGUCAGAUCGUUCCAUAAAAUAGUCAGUUCGUUCCACAAAAAAGUCAGUUCGUUCCACAUAUGAAAAGUCAAGUAAAUCUUUCUUAAUUUGUUGAGCGAACUUUAUCGAGAAGAAAAAGGUUUCGUUCAUACCACAAGCGGAUAAAAUAAUAAUCGAUCCAAAGUCGAUUCGAUCCAUCCUAAAUCGUUUGAAAACAAACAAGAGACGAUUUCAACCAGCCACGGGCUUUAACAUUUAAACCGCUGCUUUGAGAGUUUUUGAGCUAGAAUCGAUCGAUAGUUUUGAAAGAUAUAGCACAACGAGUAAAAGCUAUGCCGUUGUAUUUCGAAGCGCUUGUAACCUAAAUAUUUCUUUGUUGCGCCCGAUUUAUGCAAAUUUUGAAAACAACGCGAGUUUCCAAUUACAAUCUCGAUGGUAAUUUGUCAUGCCGAAAAUAUAAUGGACUAACCUGAUUUAAACCAAUGAAAUUGUAAGUUCCGUUAUAAAUAAAUUUCCCUCGACGAGAUCUCAAUUCAAAUUCUUUUAUUUCCUCCACAACACAAUUUUCCGUUUGUACAACUAGCUCAUUACCUUCUCUUGUCGUCACCUCGCUGCCAUCAAAACACUAACACAAAACUUGCUGAUAACGCAAAAUCCCGACGCACAACAUCGUAUGAAAAAACACAGCAUGCAAUACAAAAACAAGUACAUUAACCAUCAUCCUGCUAAACAAAAUUGAAAUAAUAGAAAGAAUUGUUGCAGUUAUCACAGUAGUUCCAAAAGAAGCCUCAGUUCCUUCUGGUUUCAAUUGUUGACAAUCGUUUCAGGGCGUCGAUGAAACCAGGAACAUGGAACAUUCCCGAACAUGCCGGAACAUGCCGGAACAUGAAAAACUAAGUAAUUUUCAUGAAAAAAAUAAUUAAUUAAAUAAAAUGAUAAUAAUAACAUAGUUUUUGUAAAAAUUGAUAAUAACAAAAUAACAUAAAAUAAAAAAUAUAUAUAUAUAAAAAAACGAAAAAUAAAGAAAUGAUUAAGAAAAAGAAACAUCUCCGAGUGUGAGAAAAUAAUAUUUUGUCGCAAAUAAUUUGUUGGGCGAGUGAGAGUCCACGCAAAUGACCGUAAUGAGUGAAGGCUUGCUUCUAAAUUCAAAAUAUAUUAAAAUGGGUCGCGAGAAGGGGGGUUUUCAAGCUUUACUCACACAGCUACCUCUAAAAAUUGUUUUCCAUGAGUUAAUCAUUUGGCGGUUAACCAUUUAAGGUUCUGCGAUGGUCUGAAAUGUCGGUGCAGUAUGUCAUGUCAAGCCGAGUCGGUAAUUAAGUUACUUAAGUCGAAAGCAACGAGCCCCUAAGCUCUUCUUACGGUCGCAAAGCCGUAAAUGAAUAACCGGCAAAAAUUUACAAGAGGUAGCCGGCUGUGUGAGUAAAGCUUGAAGACCCCCCUCCUCGUGACCCAUUUGAAUAUAUUUUGAAUUUAGAAGCAAACCCUCACUCAUUACUUAUCACAUUCAACUCGCUGUGUUCCGCAAUGCAAAAAUCAAAAUCACUAGUGUCACACUGAUAACCAGCUACACAAAUCUUGCGACCCUCAAACUUGUUCAACAUUCUUCUAUUCAAACUCUUAUCCAUUUUACACGUACAAUCCUGAUAUUCCGAUUUGUUAUUACGUCUAUGGGGUCUAUGAGUCUUUGAUGUCAUUGAAUGUCUUGAUAAUUUCCUUUGUUUUUCUUUGAGUUCGCUGACCAGCCCAUUCCGAAAACACUCAGUGUUAUUUUUUAGUGUGGGCCUACCGCGAACAGUGUGUGCAUUUGUAAGUUUAACCCGGGAUAACAUGAUUGAACAAUAUAUUAACACGUUCCUCGAAACGCCGCGGCCGAAUGUUAUCCAAACUGCUUCUCACUGCUGCUUCGAAAAUUUUGGAUCAAACGAUAUCCAAGUCGUCCCUCAUUGGAUUAUCCACUCGACCUAACUUGAAAAUCGACCAAUCACAAAAAAUGGACAUAAAAUAAAGAACCCAGCAAAUUCAGAUGACCUCUUUGGAAACGUGCAAUUAAAACUGUCUUUCUAUGAUUGGUGCAUUUCGAUCCUCUCGUCAAAAAAAUGUCAACGCUAUAUUUUAACCUUAAGAAGUUAGAUCACUAUGGUGGCCGACAACUAGACUACGAGUAGUCCCUCAUUUUUCCUCAGGGAUAGUAGAGCGAGCGAAACGCGAGCGGGCGUGUCGCCUUUUCUCGCGUGGGGUGAUUUUCACGCGCGCUUGCGUUUUGCUCGCUCUAGCUACUAUCCCUGAGGAAAAAUGGGGGAUUGCUCGUAGUCUAGCCGACAACUGCCAUUCGUCAAAACGAAAUAAAUUUGUAAAUUUUAGAUUGAACUUUAAUUAUUUUGUAUUGAAAAUAAAGCGAAAGUAGAACGUCAAAUUAUUUUGUUUUUCAUUGAACUGGAAAUAGAUUCAUUUUGUUAAUUUUCAAAACAUAACAUUUUUGUUAUGAAAUGAAAAUAAAAAUAAAAGUGAAAUAAAAGCAGAAGUAAAACUAAUUUGUUCACGGCCGGUAACUGCCAUUCAAAACAGAAAAAGUAAAAUUAUUAUGUUCAUGGCCGGUAACUGCCAUUCAAAACAGGAAAACUAAAAUUAAUAUGUUCAUGGCCGGUAACUGCCAUUCAAAACAGGAAAACUAAAAUUAAUAUGUUCAUGGCCGGGAACUGCCGUUCAAAAAAAAAAAGGAAAGAAACCUGAGACUUUUGGCGGGAGACAGUAGUCUUACGUUUCUUUCUUUCUCUUUUUAUUGAACGGCAGUUCCCAGCCAUGAAUAGAUUAAUUUUAGUUUUUCUGUUUUGAAAAGCAGCUAGUUCCCGGCCAUGAACAUAUUAAUUUUACAUUUCUGUUUUGAACGGCAGUUCCCGGCCAUGAGCAUAUUAAUUUUACAUUUCUGUUUUUAACGGCAGUUCCCGGCCUGGGCCAUGAACAUACUAAUUUUAAUUUACUUUUUCUGUUUUGAAUGGCAGUUCCCGACCGUGAACAUAUCACUUACUUCUGCUUUUAUUUCACUUUUAUUUUCAUUUCGUAAUAAAAAUGUUUUGUUUUGUGUUGAAAAUGAUAAUAAUAAAAAAAGAAUCUAUUUUCAAUUCAAUAGAAAAGAAAAUAACUUUGCGUUUAACUUUUGCUUCAUUUUCAACUCAAAAUAAUUAAAGUUCAAUGUAAAAUUAACAAAUUAAUGUCGUUUUGACGAGUCGGCCACCAUAGGUUGUCUCACCUAGCUAAAUGCCGCCGUAUCGUAGGUUUUUACUGAAUACACAAUUUGUUAGCAAAACAAUCAGCUCUCAGUUCACCUGACUGUGAAUAUUAAGCCCUUCAUGCAGGAAAAAAAUAAUAAAAGCCGUUAUUUUUUGGUAAACAUUCAGAAUCACUUUAUAGACUGGCACAACUUUCGCAAAAGAGAACUUCUGUCGGCAAAUUCGCGGAAAAGUCGCAAAAUAUACUUUUUUAGAUCAAAAUUAUGCGCUUAUACUUUGUUUAACAAGCUUGGCUCGAUCAUUUAGACCUUCAAAUUGGCUGUCUAUAUUGCACUCAUAUGUUAUGACAUGAAAGCGAGGCAUAUAUAGAUGUGGUAUGAUGAAUAAUAUUCUAGAAUGGUUUAAAAGUACGUAAAUCAGCAGGUGACAGAUACAAUAUAUUUUUAGCCACCUAAAAAGUUGUACUCUGAAAAAGAAAAGCAAGAGAAAAUUAUUUGGACGGACAAGUUUUAUGAAGGUUCAAAGGGUAUAAAAACAUUAUCGUAACUGCAUGCAACACUACUUGGAUUUUUUGUUGUUGUUGCCUCUAUUUCAUUUAAUUAAAAGCGGUCAUGAGCACCUCGUUUCCAUGCGCCACGAAAGAGGGGACUUCCAAUAAAGCUGUUUUGGAGCAACUUCUCCCACUGAGACUUUUUGGGACUCUUGAGGAAAAGAAAAGUUGUUUACGUUCUAGGCCUAGUGGUUCGAAAGUUCGAUAAGGCUGUCUACUGGAUAAACCCGAUCUCUAUCCAGUGGAUAAGGCAAUUGGUCUUUCCCUAAUACUUAUCCGCUGGAUAACGCUAUCCAACGUUUGAACAACCGACGUCUAGGGAAUGCAGUGUGUUAAGGGUUUUUGUCAAACUUCUAAACUAUUAUACCAACUAUCGGUCAAUCAGCUCUGAACCCUACAUAGGGGGAUAUCUUCAUAUUUUGUUCCCGAAUCGUAGUUGGGACGCGUGGGACUUGAGUGGUGAGUUGCAGAGGUAGUGAGCGGAGGCGGAGGCCGGGUGGCCUUAUGGCAGAAAAGUUUUUAUUUGACCAAAAUACAUCAAUAUUUAGUUUACAGUAAUAUACGUGAUAUUCGUUGCAAUUGUAUUUUGUCUCUUUGUGACCAGAUAGCUAUAAAAAAUUUCGUUAAAACUUUUCUUUAAAAUAUUUUAAGAAAUCGUUUAAAAAAGUCAAAAACUGUACGACGUUCCGACGUUCUCGGACCUCAUUAUCAGGUAAAAACAUACAGUAUGAAUGUUCUGUAUAAAUAGAAGAAAAGCAAUAGCCCAUUGGAGUCUCUCUGAGUAGGCUUAAAGUCUUUGAUGAAUAACAUUUAUUAAACGAGGCAGUGAAAUUGACGCAAUUUUUUCUGUUUUUUAUAGCUAAAUGUUUUAAAAAGUCGCUUCCCUUUUAUGUGACCAUUUAACAUUUCUUGUCCAUUAGGACUGACAAGACCGUAAAAUAAGGGAGCGGUAUUGUUAACUGCCAAAUAGAUAUGGUGUCAUUUUAAAUGGGCACCCAAUUUCAGCGGCGCAUGAACAAGGUGCCCGCUGUCUUUGGUCAAAAAUUUUCAUUUUCAUCAAACUGGUGCUACUGCAUGGUCCAACAAACACCUGUCUUUUUGUGUCUCAGUAUCUAAUAACUCUAAUUUUGAACCCUCUCUGAGCCUGUAUUGCUUAGUUUAUCCUUUUAGUUAGUUGCGUUGAAAUUGCCGUGGGUAUUUGCCAGCAAAUAUCCUGGUGAAUUUCUGUUUUUCUCUAGAACACAUGCUCAUUAAAGAAAGCCUUGAUGACUAAAAAUCCGCAAUUGAGUGAUUAUAAGUACACGCACUAAUGCAUGCAAAAAACGCUACUGAACAAGAUAGCUUUUGAAAACCGAACAACAGAGCCACUAUUAUAAACCAAUGAAAGUGAUCAAGUUGCCGGAUCUAUACUUAAAUGUUCUUUUUUUUGCAAAUUAGUAUCAUCUGUAAAUUACUAGAUACAAAUAAAGUUGUUUCAGUUGUUUGAUCUGUCAAAACAACAACAAGAACAAGAACAACAACAAAAUUGGAGAACCAGCUGAGCUGUUUCUUCAAUAUAAGAAGUAGCCAUUUUGCCCGGCCACACAUUUUUUUUAAAACACAACAAACAGUACUUUGCAAUUUUAAAUGUUUCAAUUAGCUGUGGCGUUGAAACUACUUUAUUAUAAGAUACUAAUAUUAAUUCAUAAGAUAAAGACGCCUGUGGGCGUAUGGGCUUCUUUCAUCAAUCUUAACUCGUUAUAGCUAUCUCAAUGUUGACAUUGACAAUUUCCCGUUCCUCUAACUUACACCUGUGUUCUCGAUUUGUUGGGUCAGGUAACGAUGAGUAUAACAGCAGUUCAUAGUUAACAUUUGUUCAUGUAAUAACACGGCGCUGAAACUAUCUACAACAAAAACUUAGCUUCAUACUUUCGAGCUGCUUAUUAAAAUGGUGGCAAAUGAAGAAAAGGGAACCAGUCCCUGGAACUGAGCAAAGGAUAUUAUAUUUGAACACUUUUCAGCAACUGAAACCGGUAUCUCGUCUAUAUCAAGAGGCCAUUAUUUGAGGCGAUCAGUGUCUGAAUUAAGCACAGACGUCCUUGCACUCCGCUCAUUUCCAGAUCAGUCAGCCAGGACAAUACUUGUCAAAAAGGUAAGAAAGGACCCCAGUAGGCAGAGAACUCGGUGAAAAAACAGAAUGUUAUAGCGGUGCGGUAUAAUUUAGGUGCAAUGGUGACAACAAUUACGAUAAAACUAAGGAAACUCUAAACUCUUCUAGUAGGCAGCAGAUUUCUCGAAUCGUGAAGUUGCUGAACAGUUUAACGGAUGAAUUUAAAGAGGUUCUUAGAUUCGCAUCUAGAAGACAAUGGACUUUGAAGUUGCUACCUUGUAUUUGGAUCCUUCUUUUGUAUCAGCGAGAGGUGUCAUUUCUUCCAGGCUGAGUCUCAACGAAAAAUUUGAACCUUAAUAAUGUUAUGUUACAGAAAAAGGCAUCACUCCCAGAGUUUAUAAAGGGAUCUUAUAUGGUGGUCCUAUAACUUUUGAGUCUGCAUGUUGAUGAAAUGCGAUGGUGACCAUUCAAAUAAAUUUCUUAAUUCGACAGUAUUUUAACUUGUUACGAUUUGGUUUUCUCCAUUUUACAAAAUGAGGAUCGGAAAUCUUGUCGAAUUGACUUCGGCAACUUCUGAGAGUGAAAGGUCUACAUAACACAUCAUUUCUUCAGUGAAAUUGUUUGUUUAAUUUAUGUAUGUUUAACAGAAGCGCAAGAUAGUUCAACGGAGAACACCAUUUACUCAGUACUAAAAAGAUACAGCUUUUAGCGAAUAGUAGCUGUCGAUCAAAAAGGGUCGUAUUUUCGAGGAGGAGGGCUAAUUGAACGAGGAAGUCUAUAACUAGAAUUAAUCUCAGCAAAAGAUCAGUAGCAUGUAGAAUGUCAGAGAAUGUAAAGAGAGGUUUCAGUUUGCUACAAGCGAAGUGGUUUGAAUUCGUUCAAAUUAAGAGACUGGAUUAUUUAGAACAAUGAAUCAUAUAAAUGUCACAUUUUCUUAUGCCCGCUGCUUUCAGGGAGCGAUCUUAAGUAUUUAAGCUCUAUUGCAAAACUUGAACUUACUUACCAACCAUUUUGGUUAAAUUGCUUUUGGGGGUUAAUAUAAGAGCUAACAUCAUUCGAAUGGAGAAGCAAAUCAUUACAAUCAACGACGAGUGUUCUGGCUGCCGCACUCAAUUUUACUCACCUCGUAGCGAGUUUACAGUAUUUACGACAUAAUCGAGAUCUCGCAAGUGCUAAAAUAAAUGGAAAAUUUCAUCUUUCUUGCUGUGGUUUAACUUUUGAACAAAAUUCCCGCUCCGUGACAAUAGGCCUAGUAUGGGAGUCGUUCGCUCUGGGUUAUGGGCUCCUGUGAUGAAUUACUAGCUUUUUAAAAAAAAAAUCCUAGUGCAAAAGCAAAAUUAAAAGAGGAAGUGAAUUGGGCUUUAGCUUCAUUAUCAGGUAAAAAAUACAGUAUGAUUAUGAUCUAUAAAUAUACAAUAAAAGCAAGUGCUCAUGCACGGGAGUCACUCUGAGUAGGCUUAAGUUCUUUGAUGAAUAACAUUAAGUAAACGAGGCAGUCAAAUUGACGCAAUUUUUUAUAGCUAUUAAUGUUUUAAAAAGUCGCCUCUUUUUACUGUGACCAGAUAAAAGCAUGUUAACAUUUCUUGUCCAUUAGGACUGACAAGACUGUAACAUAAGGGAGCAGUAUUGUUAACUGCCAAAUAGAUGUGGUGUCAUUUUCAAUGGGCACCCAAUUUCAGCGGCGCAUGAACAAGGUGCCCGCUGUCUUUGGUCAAAAAUUUUCAUUUUCAUCAAACUGGUGCUACUGCAUGGUCUAACAAACACCUGUCUUUUUGUGUCUCAGUAUCUAAUAACUCUAAUUUUGAACCCUUUCUGAGCCUGUAUUGCUUAGUUUAUCCUUUUAGUUAGUUGCGUUGAAAUUGCCGUGGGUAUUUGCCAUCAAAUGUCCUGGUGAAUUUCUGUUACUAGUAGCAGUUUCUUCGCCUGCAUUGAGAGCGAGACAGACUGCGGAGAAUAAUCACUGUAUACUGUCGAUCAAAAGGGUCGAUUUGUCAAAGGCCAAUUGAAAGUGGAAGUAUAUAUGGCUUACGACAAUCUGUGAACCUUGAGAUAUUUGCAUAUUUGGCUUGUUUCACGCAGAAAAUAGAGAAUAUUACAUGGCCGCAUUGAGGAAAGAUAAUUGGCCCUCGAUGUUUCGUUUCAAGGUAAAAACUGUUUUGAAUUCUGCAGGAGCGGCCGACGGCUAAUUGAAUAAAUAUAAAGGAAAGGUAGUUUUUUCCCGUCACUUUAAAGUAAGGUGUAAAGCGCGCACGACGUUAGUAAAGUUAUGGUUUCCUUUGUUUCAGUUCCCAAUGGUGAAGAACUCGAAUUCGUUCAAGGAAGUCGCGCACGUACUAGCCUCCCACGCAGACGUUCUUAGGGGUCCGUGACGACGCCCCAGUGUGGUUACUAAGAAACAAAAUUAUAAUCACUUAUCAUCGUUGUCGUAAGGUUUUCAGUUUUUUGUUGGGUAGAAGCGAUUUGUCACCAAGCCCAUUUAUCGGAGUCAGUCAACAAAAAUAGCAAAGCUCGAGUUUAUUUUCAUAUGGAAUUUCUGCGCCCGUUUCUCAGACGUCAUUUGGCGGGGAAACCAUUGGUAGCGUCGCUUAAUGUCGGCGGUUUUCUCAGGCUAAGAUGCAAUAUUUUCUCUCACCUCACUCUUGAUAUCUGAUGAUCUUAGAGGACGUUUAAUAUUGAUCAUUUUCAUGACACUGCUACAACUGGUGACACUGAGUUCUGGGCUUAGUGAUUCAUACAAAGGAGCGCCGACUUUUUUAGGUUUACCUUUAAUAAGCUAAGUAAAAUAUUCAGCUCCAGUAUAAACCUAAGUUAAAUAUAAAUUUUUUGCCCAUAUUUUCUCCCAACAAAUUCAUCCUACUCUAACCUUCAGCGCUACUUCUGUUUUUUUUUUUCCAAAGGUGAAAACAAGACGUUUGAUUCAAUUUUUGUGACGACAUCAAGGAAUAGCUUAAUUAGGAUUGAGGUGAGCGCCCUUUGAAUAUAUCUCCAUUGCAGAUCUUUGAGGAUUUGAAUUCAUUCUUUAAAGUUCACCUCUUAAUUUCUCUUCCAAAUAAGCAACCCUUGCUUAGUCAGCGAAUUCUUUUCAUAGGUAGCCGAGCCUGAAAGAAGACGAGAAUUAAAAGGUGGGAAGCGAAAAGAAAAAUCCACGAUGUUUUCCUCAUCCGAGUGCAUUAUCUGGUUUGCUGCAUACCUUGCCGUGGCUGUUGCUAUAGUAACAGUGAAUCUCCUACCAAUCAUUCUUUUCAUAAAAAACAGUAAUCUUCGCACUCGUGGCAUGUACUUGGUUAUAAACUUGACCGUAGUUGACAUUUUGGUUGGAGGACUUUGUACUGUAAAUCUACUCUUAAUUGAUACACGCAUUGGAUGCAAAACUGUGAUUGUAAGGUUACCUCGGGAAGUGAACAUGAUAACUUGGUUUAUUUUGUAUUGGUUUCCUCUAACCUCUCUUACAAACAUAACUGUAAUUUCGUUAGAGCGGAUGCAUGCAACAUUUCGUCCUUUCAGGCAUCGCGUUAUCAAAAAAUGGGUCUACGGGGUAACAAUUUCUGUGGUCUGGGUUUUAGCUGGGAUGAUAUCAACUGCCCUUUUCAUGCUUGCAUUAUUCGACAAAGAAUGGUCACACAGGCAGUUUUUAUGGCAAUCAUAUUGCUGGUUAUGUCUUUCUAUUGUCUGUGCUUCUAACGCCUCAGUUACUGUCAAAAUUUGUUGCGGGGCGCGUCCACAGCACCAUGGUGCAGCCCGUAGGCAAAGAAAACUGACUGUAACGUUACUCAUCAUGACCAUUGUAUCGUUACUGUCAUGUUGGCUACCGUUUGCUGUAGCUACCUUUGUUUUCUAUACAACUGAUAGCAUUCGAUCACUUUCUUACACAAAAAGAAUUCGAUUAAAUUUGUCUUUACUGCUUUUAUUUUAUGCAAACGGAGUAGCGGAGUAGGGGGGGUAGGGGGGGGGGGGGCAGAGCCUCCCCACGUUUUGGUGCCGAAAACACCUUCACCGAUGUAUUUGACAAUACCUGUGACAUCAGUGACUUUAAGAAGCACAAUGAAGCAGGACCGCCCGAACAACUACCUGCUGAUGCUUUGUCACAAAUCGAUUACGGACACACUAGACACUGUGAAGAUUGCUUGUGCCAACGAACAACGCAAAGGGCAUUUUGAAAAAUUUGGGGAGGGGUAUGCGUAUGUCUGAGUGGAAGAUGAGCUCCCCCCCCCCACGGUUCAAAACGCUCCGCCGCCUCUGGGAUUAUUUGCGCUCUUACUGAAAAAAGUAAUAUUUUGCAUAGCUUAUUAAUACUUAUUACUUACUUAUUACGUAACUUAUUAAGGUUUGGUUCAAUAAAAAUAUGGUAAAUAUAGAGGUAAAGGCAAAGGUAACGGCGCACUCGAGACAGGCGAGGCUUUAACCCCGGACCUCCAGAUCCGGAGUUCGAGGUACGUGUUAUCCACCCGGCCACACACGCCUCCACAAGAAGAAGAAGAAGAAGAAGUAAUUACUAACGAUUUUUUCUCUCUUUGAAUUCCCCAUAAUAAACUCUGUUUGCAUAAACUAAUAAUUGUUUUUAAAUGCUCUUGGUAGGACUGGAUAUUGACAGGAGCAUUUGAAAACAAGAACUUAUGCAAAAUGUGGGGGUGGGGAGGGGGGUUGAAGGAAGGGAUUUAUGGGGCUUGCGAAAAUAGUCAAAACCUAUUUCAGUUUCGUGUAUAACUUGUCAAGCCGUCAAUGGUCAGUUAAUAGAGAUGAUUGGAAAUGUGCAUCAGAACUUUAUAGUAUAAUAAUAUGCAUGUACGUUAGUAAUCAAAGUUCUAAUAAUCAUUGCACUUUGUAAUACCUUUCGCAAUUUGUAAUAAAUCCAUCUAUGUAAUACUUGUCGCAAUUUAAACCGUGUCACACUUUGUAAGAAAUCUGUCAAAAUUUUAAGCAACUGUUCAUUGCACUUUGCAGUAAACUAAGUUGUCGCAAUUUGUCAUAAUUCCAUCGCACUUUGUAAUGAACCAAACUUGUAACAACUGUUCAUUGCACUUUGUAAUAAACUAAGCUGCACCCCAAUUUGUCAUAAUUCCAUCGACUUCUGGCCACGUGCCUUCUGACGUGUCUCUGAAACCCUAGCUAAAGUUUACCUUACUAAGCAUUUGUUAACAUUUCAAACGCUCAUUCUGUCGCCUACAAUUGACAGGACAGGAGUAAUCUAAAUAUAUAGACAUAGUCUUAUGGGCUUUAUAAACUAUAUGCUAGGUUAUAUAAUUAGUUAUCUAUUAUCCACUCCUUUCAAGUCCGCCAUACUUUAAUACUUCAAUUCACUUCUUCCGGUUUUGUUUGUUUUGUUUUUUCUUUUCUCUCCUUUAGUUUAUUUAGUUCUGUUUCUAGUUGUUCCAUUACUUACAAGAAUUUGUUUUACUAGUUGUUAUUUAAAGUACACGGGGUAGUGUAGUUAAUUUAGUUAGUGUGUACGUAAAUAUUUAUGGGAACUAGGGGAAAACUAGAUAACAUUAGUUUACUUGGACUCUAGACAUCAAAAACUAUAUUCUAACCAGUAAUAACUGGAUCAAUAGGAACAGUAUAAGGAACUAAAAAUGUACUAGUAAAUGUAAUAAUACGUGACAGGUGUGAAUUAAGUGUUAUCAUAUUGUCGUACUUUCAAGUAAACUUAGUUUAAUAUCUGAUACAUUCUCUUGUUAUGAGAUUCGCUUUUAUGAGUCUGAUCUCCGUCAAAGAGCAAAGUAAGUAAGUAAGUAAAGGGCAUAGGUAAAGAAAGUAAGUAAGUAGAAAAGUGUGACGUCACAAAAAUUUCAUUUUUUAGGAUUUGUUGAGUGAGGCUGAGUAUAAUCUGAAGAGUUAUGGAGAUCGAGAUUACUAUAAUUCUUCAGAUCAUACGACAGCCGAAUCCAAUAACUGUUUAAUUUGUUAUUGAUUCACUGAAAAUAAUUUCCAGUUUAAAAACAAGCUAAAACAUGCUUGCCUCGAUCGAUGUUAAGUUCCCCUCUUCAUUUCAUUGUUUCUCUGCAAGUUCAGGAGAUAAAGGGAUGAUCAGUUCUGCAGCGGAUAUUCUCCAGAUAGUGAGCGUCGUCUGUCGAGUUGUAUUCUUGCUGUUUUUGGCAGUAGUUCGGUUAUUUGAUCUUUGCAAAACGUUUGAAAUAUUCCGCUUUUUUUGUACUGCUCUCCCAAGACAAUGACAACCUCGACCCCAAGGCUUCUAUGCAAUAAUGCUAUGAUGACUCCAUAUAAUGCUCCUAAAAAUAUCAUGGAUCUUAAAAUCUAAUAAUUUUUUAAAUUUUAGUUUUUGUGACGUCAUCACUUCUCUACUUUAGUAAGUAAGUACGUGGGAAAGUAAGAAAUGUUAUUUAACCAAGGUAGCCCAUUCAGCCACGAGGCUGGUAUUCAAAGGACCAUGGGAAACAAAGCGGUGUAUUUUAAAAUUUCCUAUAGUAGAAGAAGAAAUGAUAAGAAAACCUGAAUGUGAAAAUAUGUUCAAGAUUACAACAACAAGCUUAAUUUGAAUGACUAUAACAAAAUAUUACUGUAGUGCAAAAGCCACCUGCAUUUAAUUGAUUCUUAAUUAUUUAAUUAACUAAUUAAAACAACUUUAAAUAAAAGAAAAGAUAAAAAUUUAAUCAUUACUUACAUAUAGUAUUUUUAGGCCAUUCAUAGGAGUAGUUAUUCCGGAGAUAGGAUUGUCUCUCAAUUCAAAGCAUGUUGAGAUGAAUGAAAUUACUUGUCAUGUAUAUUUAUAAAAUAGUCAGUUGAAUUCAUUUACAUUAAAUGUGAUAAUAAUCAGUCUCAAGUGGUAGUAGCAGUAGACAUGGAAAAAUAUACAACGAAGGUCAAUAUUUAAAAAAAUGUGUAAAGAUAGUAAGAAAUAAAUGUUAUGAAUUAAAAAUGAUUACUUAUCAUUUUUUUUUUGAGUAUGUAGGGACGGGGCGCUUUUAAUACUGACAAGGGGAGAAUAGUAAUAUAGUCCCCGCCAACUUGAAAAGUUAUUUUGCCCAUGUAUUGCGUUCAGGCUUUGGUUGGCGCAGUUUUUUUGUUCUUCCAGUGGCAGGAUCGUGCAAAGCCCUUUUUCUUGUAGGGUACUAACAAACCAAGGUACCAGAUUGUAUGAUCACUUAAAAACCAAAAUGCCUUCUUGCAUUUUCGGUUCUGAGCUCUUUGCAACAUCCUGCUUCAACCCACGCAACUUCAACAUAGUCAAACAACGAGCUGCAAGGAUGAAAUAUAUAGCGUUUUGGAGGCUUCGUCGUAAAGCAUGAUCGUAUGCGAGAAAAUAGCGAUAGUGAGAUUCUAAUACAUUUAUUCAGCGUCUGAAUUCGGUGCUUGCUACGAAGAGAGCAAGAACUGAACGCAAAUAUAUUUGAAUAUUAAAUCUGUUCCUGCAAGACAACCAGCCACCUCAGUAUUUGUCUACUGCCUAUUGUCGGAAAGGUAAGAAAUGUAGCGAAAAACACCAUGAGAAGCGAAAAAUUAACGAUGAAAGUCAAUUUUCGUACUUGAUUAACAGUCUUCUGUACUUGUCAAUAAGUGAAAUAAUUCGAUGGAAGUCCGUUCCACAGGUAAACACGACUUUCUUAUCAGUUGGUUACAUAAGUGUUCAUGAAGUGUUCGUCGAGCGUAUUGAACAGCUCUGAGCGUCUUAGGGCCCGCGACUUCACUGCCACUGGUGUGACCCCACUACAGAAAGAACAGCUCCAGCACCACGGAUUUCUGAGUUCCAGUCCACAGUUGACUAUCAAAGGACUAUCAGAUUAGUGUUAGAUUAGGACAAGAGAAAACACUAACCUCCUGAACCGCAGGUUGGGGCGCAGGAACCACGUUGUCGUAAGCGUUCUGUGCGUUGUUGUCACCGGCAGCGUCGGCUGGAGGCGGAGGCGCUACAACUGGAGGGUCAACGGCCGCUGCAACAGCCCCAUCCGCAGGAACAACAGGGACUUGGUCCUGCACGGAAAACGAAGAACGAAGAGAAUCUUAGAAGAUGGCGCAGCGAUGACCGUGCAAGAGAAAAAGAACGCCAAGCUAACGACUGGCGAACGUUUAACGAAAAGAGAAUUAAACAGGCCAAGACAGGCCUAUUUAUACAAAACCUGUUUGAAACAGAACACCCAGGAGACUACGAGCGCGCGGGAAUUUUUAUCCUUGAAUCCCGAAGAGAUUUGGGGCGUUUGUACGAGAUGGCCCCGGUGAGAAUAGCUCAAAGUUUCGUGCUAAGUAUCUUCUAGUCAUCAGAGACGACUUACGUCAGUGUAAACAUUAAUUUGAGUUAAGCAGGUGAGUUUUUGGCAUAUUACAUAAAGGAGGUACCACGGCGUUCAUCAGAGAGAAUUGUACCAAUUGUACUGAAUAUAAGAGAGCAGUAAAAAAAAUCGUCUUUAAAAGAAGCUGGUAGUCUCCCGUUUAAAAUUUUGUUUUAACCUUCCGUUUGUUUUUGAAACAGUCUUCUGAUCCCCUCGUUGGAGUUAUCUCACUCUAAAUCUGAUACCUCUUUAGUUUUAAUUUUCAAAAUAUUUAGCUUCUUGUAACUUUGCUGAGGUUACCCUGGAGGAAAUAAAAAAGUUUUCAAGGAAACCACUAUCUAAAUCUUGUGAACUUGAUCUUCUACCUGCGGUAGUUUUGAAAGGCUACCAUAUUACUUCCUACUAUUACGAGGAUCAUCAAUCUGUCCUCAUCGACUGGUGUUGUGCCCGAUGCUCUGAAGGUUGCUACACUAUCGCCCACAUUGAAAAAAUCUGAUGCUGACUUUGAACAGUUCCAAAACUUUCGUCCUAUCUCGAACUUAAAAGUAGUAUCGAAGCUUGUUGAAAAGGCAGUUGCCAUAAAACUCACAGAUCACGUCAUGGCGCACCACUUAGAUGAAACGUUUCAGUCUGCAUAUAAGAACUUUCACUCCACCGAGACAGCUUUAGUAAGGGUCCAGAAUGACAUUCUGUGUGCUUUUGACAACAAUGAGUCUGUUAUACUUCUUUUAUUGGAUUUGUCAGCUGCCUUCGACACGGUUGAUCACUCGAUACUGUUAUGAAGAUUGCAUGACCGCUUCGGAGUAAACGGUACUGCAGCUGCAUGGUUUGAGUCAUACCUGACGUCGCGCACGCAGUUUGUUCGGGUCAAUGACUGUAGGUCAACACAGCGCUCUCUAAAACGCGGUGUACCCCAAGGAUCUGUUCUGGGCCCUCUUCUUUAUCUCCUCUAUACAACACCCAUUGCUGAUAUCAUAAAGUUCCACAAGUUACAGUAUCAUUUAUAUGCUGAUGAUACCCAGCUCUAUAUAUCGUUUAGAACUGACUGUAGCUAUGAUCUCUCUUUGGCUAUUCGUCGUGUCGAAUGCUGUGUAAACGACAUUGAUUGUUGGAUGGUGAACAAUGGUCUUAAACUCAACCAGGAUAAAACUGAACUUGUUCUCAUCAACUCAAAAUUUCGUUGCAGGCCUUCUCUAGAGUUUAUCCAAGUAGUUGAUGAGAAGAUCCAACCCAAACCCUUCGCUCGAAAUCUGUGAGUGAUUAUAGAUCAGUAUCUUGAUUUAACCGACCAUGUUAACAAAAUCUGCGUUUCCUGUCAGUAUCAUUUAAGGAACAUAGCUAAGAUCAGGAAGUACUUAAGUGAAGAUCCUCAGUCUCAAAUUUUAGUACAUGCGUUUAUUAGCUCUAUACUCGAUAACUGUAACUCUUUGUUAUAUGGUCUUCCUAAACACCUGUUAAACAGGUUAAGACUGAUACAAAACAGUGCUGCACGCAUUGUUACAUUAUCUAAGCGGUUUGACCAUAUCACUCCUAUCCUGUUCAAACUUCAUUGGUUGCCGCUGGGUUAUCGCAUACAUUUUAAAAUUUUACUCUUAGUUUACCUAUCCGAACUUUUACGCUACACUAAUGGUCCACGAUUACUUCGUUCUAGCUCCCAGAAUUUUCUAGCCGUGCCUAGGACUAGGUUAAAGACGUAUGGUGAUAAUGCUUUUUCCGCAGCUGCUCCUACAAUCGGCGACAAAAUGAGUUGAGACACUUCGCCCAAAACUGGGCUUUUUUACGUUUUAUUAACUUCAAAAGGAGGAAAUAUAGCUUUCCUCCCCCAUCCCCUCCGUGCAAUGUUGUGCCCUUGUUCUAGCUACCUAUAGAAAACAACAAACACCCCAACUUUGAAUGGAGGGGACAGGGGAGGGGUGCGAAUUCUUUUGUUCUCCGAAAUUACCCUAUUUAAGUACAAUGUCUCAACAAUUUUGUCGCCGAUUGUCUGAAUCUCAAGAGUGGCCGUACGUCCUUUAGAAAGGUAAUUGAAUUCAUUUCUUUAUGCUGGGAUGUAAGACCCCUGGUGGCUUUUUAUUUGUUGUGUUCGACUUCAUCAUACCUAUUUUAGAACAAUUAGAAUAAGGCGAUUUCGUUAUAUUCAGUGCGUGACAUUUCAUGUCACGCUUAACCGUGCCUUGACAUCGUGCAAUGUGGCGCGUCGCGCACGAUUUCUUAUUCUCUCCUUUUAUCGAAACGCAUCCAAAAAAAAAAAAAGUGAAAAGGAUAGGAAACUUAAUAGAUUUCUAGUCAUUAAAGUAGUUAUAAUGGCUAAAUUUGCUCUUUAGGAGGAAUUUCCACGAGUAACCACGAUAAGUAUAAAAUAAAACAAGACGCUGUGUGAGCGUAUAUUUGGGCGUGGUCGUACUACGGUUAUGAUACUUUGAACAUGCCUUAUUGCAGCUAAAGAACUGUCAUCAUAUCGUACCAGAGAAGACAAAUCCUUUACUCCACUUGUUUGCUGAACCACACAGCUGAUACAGUAUGUCCCAAUCCACAACAAAUAUAGUGUCAUUUCACGACAAUGUUUGAAAAUAUGCACAUCUUCAAUGCAGACAUGCUUGGAGCCAAAAUGCAACAUAGGACAUAAGUGGUUACAGCCCGGAGAGUAAGGUUUAUCUCAGCUCCACUGAUACUGACAGAUGUGUUUUCACACCCGUCACUUUGUACAGUGUAUUCCGGUUACUAACACGGGCAAAUAAAGUUCCUUAAGUCCAGUAUCCACAAGGAUUAAGAAGAGAGUCAGGAGCCCAUUGCAUAAACUGCUAUAGGGCAGCACUGUUUACAGGAACAUUGGUAACUGUUAACAUUUGAUAUACUACAAUUUUCAACAUUGCUUGAGAAAAGAUGAGGUUCAAAGGUGGCAAUAUGUACUCCUUUAAGUUCAUAUAUAUUCUCAUUCCUAUGUAGAGUCUGAAAAUAUUGUACUAAUUUAUGCAUGGAUGGUAUUCCCAAUAAUACAAAUGUCCCUUCACUAUGACUGUUAUGACACAUGUCUCUAGCAUGAGAAUCAAAUACAUUAUAUCCCCCAGCCUCAGUGCUGUAGAUACCAACACCAAUAAUUGCCACCGUUAAAACGAAUGACUUGUAGUUCAGUGCCAAGAGUGUUUGAAAUGCUGUAGCCUGUGAGUGGCAUAUACAGUAGUGAUGGAUGUUACAAGUAUAACUGUCACUGUAUUCAAGGUGGAAAAAUUGCUCAAACACUGUAACCAUUCCUGGCAAUUCUGUUAACAUUGACAUAGAUUGUCUUGCAAGCAGUGAAGCACACAAGAAUAUAAUUGAAUACCAACAAUCAUUAUUUGAGUCAUAUCAUCAACUGAUCUUUGUUAUCUUACUGUAAAUUAAACCGGGGGUACUGCCAUAUAUGGUCUAUAUAGGUAUGUGCAGCUGUGAAGGGUAUGGUUUUCAAGCAGUUUACUCUGGGAUAGGGUAUAUAAAUCAGAGCGUUUGGGUCUAGAAUAGGGUAUCAUUUUUCAGGAAACUGAUCAGUUGGUUGAAGAUUUUAUCUAAACUAGGGAAACAGCUCCUCUAGGAUAGGGGGAUUUGGGGAGUUUACUCUAGUAUAGGGUACCAAAAUUUAGCUGAACUAGCUCUGGUAUAGGUUAAGGGUUCCAGGGUCUCAGCGGAACAUCCCUACCAAGAAAUCCCUAAAGUACCCCCCGGGAAAUUAAAGUGCACGGACUCAUUGCGACACAUCAUUGUCCACCAUUUUCCCCAAAUCCUGUAACAUUUCUUUGACAGUAUGGAGCAUUAAUUGUUUUUGUAGCAUCUACAUAAACUGAAGGCCAUUCUUCUCUAUAUCAGUACAAAGCUUAAAUUGGCCAAAAUUAACCCGGUGAUUCAAACUGUUUUAAGCACUAUAAAAUAGAUAAGGGACUGUGCAAUAAUUAUCAGGAAGGGGGGGUCCUAAAAUGAGCUUCACCAAAGGAAAAAUUAGAUAGGUCCCCCCCUCCAGCAGCGUCAAGAUUAGCUCUGACCCCUCCUCCCGUUCUCUCAAAAUUAUGAUGUGCCCCCCCUCUCUAACCCGUACCUUUACUCACUGUACUGCAACGCAUUCCACUGCGUCGUCAGGGAUGAAGAGCACCUCGAAACUUUGUUCCUCGUUCAUAAUCGUCAAUUUCCGAAUCGUCUGAUUGUUCAUUAUCUUCUUGGUCUUCGGAACUGCUAGAUCGCUGCUCAUCCGGGUUUUCUUUACCUUGAGCUUCCCCAUCACCUAGAACACGAGCUACGAGUGCUGGUUUCCCUCCGCUGACGGGUAAACCGUGUUCCUUUAGGUAGAGUUUCAGUUUACUUGCAGACAGCGAGUUGACUUCAACCUCGUCGGACCAAUUAAUGUCUGCAAGUUUGUUCCUUUCCGUUGCCCGUUUUUUUGCUUUCAUUGCAAGGAAUUUUUGGUGCUCUAUGAAGUGAUGACAACUAUGAAACAGAAGCAUGUGGCAUUCCUCAGCUAGAAACUGUAGACCUAGAAACCCUCACGCUGUUUAAAUCAAGAACAGACCUGGCAUGUCUGCGGGACCUCUUAAAUGCCAAAUGUUUUAUUAGCAAAGCUCACAACGUGGUUUGUGACUUCUGUGCAUGGACGAUUGUUUCAAUCUAUCAUAUGUUGACAUUCUAAAUAAGUUAAAGCAUGUGUUUAUGUUGAUGCAAUAUUUAGACAUUAUGGAUAGUCAAAGGAGUGGCAUCUGUCUAUUUGGAAAAUGUUUAUUUAUUCAUUAUCGAAUUUGUGAAAUUUAAUUAAGACCCCCUCAACUUACUUGAGAAAUCUAAUGUAGAGCCCCCCCUCCUUUCCAUUAUUUUAACUUAAGGCCCCCCCAUCUGGUUUUAGGCCCCCCCUCCUGAUAAUUAUUGCACAGUCCCUAAUUGCAAGUACAGAGGGGCAAAUUCUUACUUAGAAGCCUAUUUGGAUAUCUCAUUCCACCUAAAUCGCCUGUGCUCUAAUGCUUGGACGAUAGAUACACCUUCCCUCGUUUACAAUCUAGUUUUGGAGUUGCCCCUUAAGUAAAAACCUCACACUGCUACAGUUACUUCUGUACCUGUUUAAGUGUAAACCUUUUCUACUUUUAAGGUAACAAUGAAUUUCAGACGACAAUGGGGUAUUUUCCGAAUAUUCUUCUACACAAAAAGUGUCACUUUCCGUGUUUUCUGUAACAAAGAUUUUAAUUUGUUCAUUGGUAGUCUGCUAGGGGCAUGACGGUAACCGGUCAUUUCGUUAAUUGACAUCGUUCCAAGUCAGAUCGUUCCAUAAAAUAGUCAGUUCGUUCCACAAAAAAGUCAGUUCGUUCCACAUAUGAAAAGUCAAGUAAAUCUUUCUUAAUUUGUUGAGCGAACUUUAUCGAGAAGAAAAAGGUUUCGUUCAUACCACAAGCGGAUAAAAUAAUAAUCGAUCCAAAGUCGAUUCGAUCCAUCCUAAAUCGUUUGAAAACAAACAAGAGACGAUUUCAACCAGCCACGGGCUUUAACAUUUAAACCGCUGCUUUGAGAGUUUUUGAGCUAGAAUCGAUCGAUAGUUUUGAAAGAUAUAGCACAACAACGAGUAAAAGCUAUGCCGUUGUAUUUCGAAGCGCUUGUAACCUAAAUAUUUCUUUGUUGCGCCCGAUUUAUGCAAAUUUUGAAAACAACGCGAGUUUCCAAUUACAAUCUCGAUGGUAAUUUGUCAUGCCGAAAAUAUAAUGGACUAACCUGAUUUAAACCAAUGAAAUUGUAAGUUCCGUUAUAAAUAAAUUUCUCUCGACGAGAUCUCAAUUCAAAUUCUUUUAUUUCCUCCACAACACAAUUUUCCGUUUGUACAACUAGCUCAUUACCUUCUCUUGUCGUCACCUCGCUGCCAUCAAAACACUAACACAAAACUUGCUGAUAACGCAAAAUCCCGACGCACAGCAUCGUAUGAAAAAACACAGCAUGCAAUACAAAAACAAGUACAUUAACCAUCAUCCUGCUAAACAAAAUUGAAAUAAUAGAAAGAAUUGUUGCAGUUAUCACAGUAGUUCCAAAAGAAGCCUCAGUUCCUUCUGGUUUCAAUUGUUGACAAUCGUCUCGGGGCGUCGAUAAAACCAGGAACAUGGAACAUUCCCGAACAUGCCGGAACAUGACGGAACAUGAAAAACUAAGUAAUUUUCAUGAAAAAAAUAAUUAAUUAAAUAAAAUGAUAAUAAUAACAUAGUUUUUGUAAAAAUUGAUAAUAACAAAAUAACAUAAAAUAAAAAAUAUAUAUAUAUAAAAAAACGAAAAAUAAAGAAAUGAUUAAGAAAAAGAAACAUCUCCGAGUGUGAGAAAAUAAUAUUUUGUCGCAAAUAAUUUGUUGGGCGAGUGAGAGUCCAUGCAAAUGACCGUAAUGAGUGAAGGCUUGCUUCUAAAUUCAAAAUAUAUUAAAAUGGGUCGCGAGAAGGGGGGUUUUCAAGCUUUACUCACACAGCUACCUCUAAAAAUUGUUUUCCAUGAGUUAAUCAUUUGGCGGUUAACCAUUUAAGGUUCUGCGAUGGUCUGAAAUGUCGGUGCAGUAUGUCAUGUCAAGCCGAGUCGGUAAUUAAGUUACUUAAGUCCAAAGCAACGAGCCCCUAAGCUCUUCUUACGGUCGCAAAGCCGUAAAUGAAUAACCGGCAAACAUUUACAAGAGGUAGCCGGCUGUGUGAGUAAAGCUUGAAGACCCCCCUCCUCGUGACCCAUUUGAAUAUAUUUUGAAUUUAGAAGCAAACCCUCACUCAUUACUUAUCACAUUCAACUCGCUGUGUUCCGCAAUGCAAAAAUCAAAAUCACUAGUGUCACACUGAUAACCAGCUACACAAAUCUUGCGACCCUCAAACUUGUUCAACAUUCUUCUAUUCAAACUCUUAUCCAUUUUACACGUACAAUCCUGAUAUUCCGAUUUGUUAUUACGUCUAUGGGGUCUAUGAGUCUUUGAUGUCAUUGAAUGUCUUGAUAAUUUCCUUUGUUUUUCUUUGAGUUCGCUGACCAGCCCAUUCCGAAAACACUCAGUGUUAUUUUUUAGUGUGGGCCUACCGCGAACAGUGUGUGCAUUUGUAAGUUUAACCCGAGAUAACAUGAUUGAACAAUAUAUUAACACGUUCCUCGAAACGCCGCGGCCGAAUGUUAUCCAAACUGCUUCUCACUGCUGCUUCGAAAAUUUUGGAUCAAACGAUAUCCAAGUCGUCCCUCAUUGGAUUAUCCACUCGACCUAACUUGAAAAUCGACCAAUCACAAAAAAUGGACAUAAAAUAAAGAAAACAGCAAAUUCAGAUGACCUCUUAGGAAACGUGCAAUUAAAACUGUCUUUCUAUGAUUGGUGCAUUUCGAUCCUCUCGUCAAAAAAAUGUCAACGCUAUAUUUUAACCUUAAGAAGUUAGAUCACUAUGGUGGCCGACAACUAGACUACGAGUAGUCCCUCAUUUUUCCUCAGGGAUAGUAGAGCGAGCGAAACGCGAGCGGGCGUGUCGCCUUUUCUCGCGUGGGGUGAUUUUCACGCGCGCUUGCGUUUUGCUCGCUCUAGCUACUAUCCCUGAGGAAAAAUGGGGGAUUGCUCGUAGUCUAGCCGACAACUGCCAUUCGUCAAAACGAAAUAAAUUUGUAAAUUUUAGAUUGAACUUUAAUUAUUUUGUAUUGAAAAUAAAGCGAAAGUAGAACGUCAAAUUAUUUUGUUUUUCAUUGAACUGGAAAUAGAUUCAUUUUGUUAAUUUUCAAAAAAUAACAUUUUUGUUAUGAAAUGAAAAAAAAAAUAAAAGUGAAAUAAAAGCAGAAGUAAAACUAAUUUGUUACGACCGGUAACUGCCAUUCAAAACAGAAAAAGUAAAAUUAUUAUGUUCAUGGCCGGUAACUGCCAUUCAAAACAGGAAAACUAAAAUUAAUAUGUUCAUGGCCGGGAACUGCCGUUCAAAAAAAAAAAAAAAGGAAAGAAACCUGAGACUUUUGGCGGGAGACAGUAGUCUUACGUUUUUUUUUUUCUUUUUAUUGAACGGCAGUUCCCAGCCAUGAAUAGAUUAACUUUAGUUUUUCUGUUUUGAAAAGCAGCUAGUUCCCGGCCAUGAACAUAUUAAUUUUACAUUUCUGUUUUGAACGGCAGUUCCCGGCCAUGAGCAUAUUAAUUUUACAUUUCUGUUUUUAACGGCAGUUCCCGGCCUGGGCCAUGAACAUACUAAUUUUAAUUUACUUUUUCUGUUUUGAAUGGCAGUUCCCGACCGUGAACAUAUCACUUACUUCUGCUUUUAUUUCACUUUUAUUUUCAUUUCGUAAUAAAAAUGUUUUGUUUUGUGUUGAAAAUGAUAAUAAUAAAAAAAGAAUCUAUUUUCAAUUCAAUAGAAAAGAAAAUAACUUUGCGUUUAACUUUUGCUUCAUUUUCAACUCAAAAUAAUUAAAGUUCAAUGUAAAAUUAACAAAUUAAUGUCGUUUUGACGAGUCGGCCACCAUAGGUUGUCUCACCUAGCUAAAUGCCGCCGUAUCGUAGGUUUUUACUGAAUACACAAUUUGUUAGCAAAACAAUCAGCUCUCAGUUCACCUGACUGUGAAUAUUAAGCCCUUCAUGCAGGAAAAAAAUAAUAAAAGCCGUUAUUUUUUGGUAAACAUUCAGAAUCACUUUAUAGACUGGCACAACUUUCGCAAAAGAGAACUUCUGUCGGCAAAUUCGCGGAAAAGUCGCAAAAUAUACUUUUUUAGAUCAAAAUUAUGCGCUUAUACUUUGUUUAACAAGCUUGGCUCGAUCAUUUAGACCUUCAAAUUGGCUGUCUAUAUUGCACUCAUAUGUUAUGACAUGAAAGCGAGGCAUAUAUAGAUGUGGUAUGAUGAAUAAUAUUCUAGAAUGGUUUAAAAGUACGUAAAUCAGCAGGUGACAGAUACAAUAUAUUUUUAGCCACCUAAAAAGUUGUACUCUGAAAAAGAAAAGCAAGAGAAAAUUAUUUGGACGGACAAGUUUUAUGAAGGUUCAAAGGGUAUAAAAACAUUAUCGUAACUGCAUGCAACACUACUUGGAUUUUUUGUUGUUGUUGCCUCUAUUUCAUUUAAUUAAAAGCGGUCAUGAGCACCUCGUUUCCAUGCGCCACGAAAGAGGGGACUUCCAAUAAAGCCGUUUUGGAGCAACUUCUCCCACUGAGACUUUUUGGGACUCUUGAGGAAAAGAAAAGUUGUUUACGUUCUAGGCCUAGUGGUUCGAAAGUUCGAUAAGGCUGUCUACUGGAUAAACCCGAUCUCUAUCCACUGGAUAAGGCAAUUGGUCUUUCCCUAAUACUUAUCCACUGGAUAACGCUAUCCAACGUUUGAACAACCGACGUCUAGGGAAUGCAGUGUGUCAAGGGUUUUUGUCAAACUUCUAAACUAUUAUACCAACUAUCGGUCAAUCAGCUCUGAACCCUACAUAGGGGGAUAUCUUCAUAUUUUGUUCCCGAAUCGUAGUUGGGACGCGUGGGACUUGAGUGGUGAGUUGCAGAGGUAGUGAGCGGAGGCGGAGGCCGGGUGGCCUUAUGGCAGAAAAGUUUUUAUUUGACCAAAAUACAUCAAUAUUUAGUUUACAGUAAUAUACGUGAUAUUCGUUGCAAUUGUAUUUUGUCUCUUUGUGACCAGAUAGCUAUAAAAAAUUGCGCUAAAACUUUUCUUAAAAAUAUUUUAAGAAAUCGUUUAAAAAAGUCAAAAACUCUACGACGUUCCGACGUUCUCGGACCUCAUUAUCAGGUAAAAACAUACAGUAUGAAUGUUCUGUAUAAAUAGAAGAAAAGCAAUAGCUCAUUGGAGUCUCUCAGUCUUUGAUGAAUAACAUUUAGUAAACGAGACAGUGAAAUUGACGCAAUUUUUUCUGUUUUUUAUAGCUAAAUGUUUUAAAAAGUCGCUUCUUUUUGAUGUGACCAUUUAACAUUUCUUGUCCAUUAGGACUGACAAGACCGUAAAAUAAGGGAGCAGUAUUGUUAACUGCCAAAUAGAUAUGAUGUCAUUUUAAAUGGCCACCCAAUUUCAGCGACGCAUAAACGAGGUGCCCGCUGUCUUUGGUCAAAAAUUUUUAUUUUCAUCAAACUGGUGCUACUGCAUGGUCCAACAAACACCUGUCUUUUUGUGUCUCAGUAUCUAAUAACUCUAAUUUCGAACCCUCUCUGAGCCUGUAUCGCUUAGUUUAUCCUUUUAGUUAGUUGCGUUGAAAUUGCCGUGGGUAUUUGCCAUCAAAUAUCCUGGUGAAUUUCUGUUUUUCUCUAGAACACAUGCUCAUUAAAGAAAGCCUUGAUGACUAAAAAUCCGCAAUUGAGUGAUUAUAAGUACACGCACUAAUGCAUGCAAAAAACGCUACUGAACAAUAUAGCUAUUAAAAACCGAACAACAGAGCCACUAUUAUAAACCGAUGAAACUGAUCAAGUUGCCGGAUCUAAGUAAUUUUUUUGCAAAUUUUUAUCAUCUGUAAAUUACUAGAUACAAAUAAAGUUGUUUCAGUUGUUUGAUCUGUCAAAACAACAACAAGAACAACAACAACAACAACAACAACAAAAUUGGAGAACCAGCUGAGCUGUUUCUUCAAUAUAAGAAGUAGCCAUUUUGCCCGGCCCCUUUUUUUUUUUUUAAACACAACAAACAGUACUUUGCAAUUUUAAAUGUUUCAAUUAGCUGUGGCGUUGAAACUACUUUAUUAUAAGAUACUAAUAUUAAUUCAUAAGAUAAAGACGCCUGUGGACGUAUGGGCUUCUUCCAUCAAUCUUAACUCGUUAUAGCUAUCUCAAUGUUGACAUUGACAGUUUCCCGUUCCUCUAACUUACACCUGUGUUCUCGAUUUGUUGGGUCAGAUAACGAUGAGUAUAACAGCAGUUCAUGGUUAACAUUUGUUCAUGUAAUAACACGGCGCUGAAACUAUCUACAACAAAAACUUAGCUUCAUACUUUCGAGCUGCUUAUUAAAAAGGUGGCAAAUGAAGAAAAGGGAACCAGUCCCUGGAACUGAGCAAAGGACAUAUUUGAACACUUUUCAGCAAACCGGUAUCUCGUCUAUAUCAAGAGGCCAUUAUUUGAGGCGAUCAGUGUCUGAAUUAAGCACAGACGUCCUUGCACUCAGCUCAUUUCCAGAUCAGUUAGCCAGGACAAUACUUGUCAAAAAGGUAAGAAAGCAGUAAGCAAAGAACUCGGUGAAAAAACAAAAUGUUUUAGCUGCGCGGUAUAAUUUAGGUGUAAUGUUGAGAACAAUUACGAUAAAACUAAGGAAACUCUAAACUCUUCUAGUAGGUAGUAGAGUUCUCGAAUCGUGAAGUUGCUGAAAAGUUUAACGGGCGAAUUUAAAGAGGUGCUUAGAUUCGCAUCUAGAAGACAGUGGACUUUGAAGCUGCUACAUUGUAUUUGGAGAAUUCUUUUGUUACCGCAAAAACUCUAACACUGCCUGAUUGAUCAACGAGAGACGCGUCUCACUCCCAGAGUUAAUAACAGCGCCGUAGCUAGUAUGAGGCCAACCGAGGCACUCGCCUCGGUAAAAUUUUGACGAAUUUCGCCGAUCAUUUUUAUUUGACAUAAGCGAUCAUCGGAGCCUCUCAGAAAAGAUUUCGUGGCCAAAAUAUAACAGUUAAAAAAUAUAUAUAUAUAACCAAAAUUUUCGCCGUAUUAAUACUGAAAACGCAGAAAACGCUGCAAAUCGCAUUUCCGAGAGACUAAGGUUCAAAAUUUCUCGGGGGGGGGGGGGUAUGCCCCCGAACCCCCCUAGCAACUCCCGCCUGCCUCAGUUGGCCGUUUGGUCUGGCUACGGCACUGAAUAAUGGGAUCUUAUAUGGUGGCUCUAACUUUUGAGUUUGCAAGCUUAUGAAAUAUACGGUGGUGACCAUUCAAAUGAAUUUCUUUCAGCAGAAUUUUAACUUGGUACGAUUUGUUCCUUUUACAACUGAAUAAAGGUUCGGAAUUCUUGUCGAAUUGACUUCGGCGACUUCUGGGAGUGAAAGGUCUACCAGUACACAUUAUUCAUUCAGUGAAAUUGUUUGUUAAAUUUACUUGUAUGUUGAACAGAAGGUGCAACAUAGUACAACGAAGAACACCAUUUACUCAGUACUAAUACAGCUUUAGGCUGCAUGGGUCCCCGAAUGGUAGGCUGCUGAGAAAUACAAUCGCCCCCCUGUAGGUGUCUGUCAAAAAGGGUCGAUUUUUCGAGGAGGAGGGCUGAUUGAAUAAGGAAGUUUAUAAGUUAGCACCAAGCAUUCAUCAAAGAACGUUAAGAUAAUAUGAUGACUUGGCCCCGCGCGGCUCUUCAUACCUUCAUGAUAAAUUUAAGCCCCGUUAACCCCCCAGGCAGAAUAGUUGUGCAGUGAAAUUGCGUUAUAAUUGUGUGGUUAGAUAAACAGAGCUUAAAACAGAGAAUAUUACAUGGCCGCAUGGAGGAAAGAUAAUUGGCUCUCGAUGUUUCGUUUCAAGGUAAAAACUGUUUUGAAUACUGCAGGAGCGGCCGACGGCUAAUUGAAUAAAUAUAAAGGAAAAAGGUAGUUUUCCCGUCACUUUAAAGUAAGGUGUAAAGUGCGCACGACGUUAGUAAAGCUAUGGUUUCCUUUGUUUCAGUUCCCAAUGGUGCUGAACUCGAAUUCUUUCAAGGAAGUCGCACACGUACUUGAAAAAAGUUCGUCCUGAUAAGGGAGAUGGAAUGUUCAUUUUUUCUAUCCCUGGAUAGGCCGUCUUUUCUUGAUCUUGCAGUCAGAUCCCAAUUUUACAAAAGAUAUUGAGGCGAGAUCUCGAAAACCGAGCCAGCGCAAGCGCUUUACCGGGAUCUCAUGAGGGGCCCUUAGCUGGCGGUUUUGUUCAACACCGACUAGACAUGACUAGACUUCCUAAAAAAAAUGUUCAACUAAUGAAUAAAGAGGUUAGUUUCUAAGAAAUCGUCGUCAAGCCCCAGUGUGGUUACUAAGAAACAAAAUUAUAAUCACUUAUCAUCGUUGUCGUAAAGUUUUCACUUUUUUGUUGGAGAAAAGCGAUUUGUCACCAAGCCCAUUUAUCGGAGUCAGUCAACAAAAAUAGCAAAGCUCGAGUUUAUUUUCAUAUGGAAUUUCUGCGCCCGUUUCUCAAACGUCAUCUGGCGGGGAAACCAGUGGUAGCGUCGCUUAAUGUCGGCUGUUUCUCAGGCUAAGAUGCAACAUUUUCUCUCACCUCACUCUUGAUAUCUGAUGAUCUUAGAGGACGUUUAAUAUUGAUCAUUUUCAUGACACUGCUACAACUGGUGACACUGAAUUCCUGGCUUAGUGAUUCAUACAAAGGAGCGCCAACUUUUUUAGGUUUACCUUUAAUAAGCUAAGUAAAAUAUUCAGCUCCAGUAUAAACCUAAGUUAAAUAUAAAUUUUUUGCCCAUAUUUUCUCCCAACAAAUUCAUCCUACUCUAACCUCAAGCGCUACUUUUGUUUUUUUUUUUUCCAAAGGUGAAAGCAAGACUUUUGAUUCAAUUUUUGUGACGACGUCAAGGAAUAGCUUAAUUAGGAUUGAGGUGAGCGCCCUUUGAGUAUAUCUCCAUUGCAGAUCUUUGAGGAUUUGAAGUCAUUCUUUAAAGUUCACCUCUUAAUUUCUCUUCCAAAUAAGCAACCCUUGCUUACUCAGCGAAUUCUUUUCAUAGGUAGCCGAGCCUGAAAGAAGACGAGAAUUAAAAGGUGGGAAGCGAAAAGAA